AUGGACGACCUCACCGCCCAUUUCUUCCUGGCACUUCUUCUCCUCUCUUUCUCUGCUGCAACCUCUCCUGCGGAUGAUUUCGACUACGAUCCGAAUAGCAAGAAUGGGCCGGCUCAGUGGGGAGACAUUCGACCCGAGUGGUAUAAGUGCAAAAAUGGAAGCAGCCAAUCUCCCAUUCGCCUCAGCAAUCGUGAGGUUCACUUUACAUCCCGUCUAGGCCCUCUUCACAUCAACUAUCGCCCCUCCAAUGCCUCUCUUUUUAAUACCGGCCAUGAUAUUAGGUUGGAGUGGACUUCAGGCGCGGGCUAUCUGCUCAUCAAUGGAGCCAAAUACGCUCUCCAACAGUGUCACUGGCACUCUCCUUCCGAGCACACCAUUGAUGGCAAAAGGUUUGAUUUAGAGAUACAUAUGGUGCACAAAAGUGAAGCAGGGCAGAUUGCUGUGAUUGGCGUAUUUUACGAAAUCGGCUGGUUACCCGAUCGUUUCUUGCAAACGGUAACGGAUGAUUUGGUACACAUUUCUCAAGACAGAGAGGCAAAAUUAUCGUUGGGUGUGAUUGAUCCAGAGCUUGUCAUCAACAUAAACAGGAGACGGUAUUACAGAUAUAUGGGUUCUUUAACUACUCCUCCUUGUGAUGAGAAUGUGGUGUGGACCAUUGUUGGAGAGGUUAAACCCGUUUCAAAGGAGCAAGUUGGACUGCUUCGACUUGCAGUUCAAAACGUAUUUUAUGCCAAUGCGAGACCCCAGCAACAACUAAAUGGUCGCUUGGUGCAACUCCAAAUAUCAAAAUUUCUGCCGUAA